GUCGCGCGGGGAAGGGCAGGCGCCGAUCAUGGCGGCCGCGCGCGGCGCUGAGAAUCGUUGACAUUGAAGAUGGUGAGUAGUCAGCCAAAAUACGACCUAAUACGGGAGGUUGGUCGUGGCAGUUAUGGUGUGGUAUAUGAAGCAGUUGUCAGGAAGACCUCUGCACGGGUUGCGGUGAAAAAGAUUCGGUGCCAUGCUCCAGAGAAUGUGGAACUAGCUCUACGUGAGUUCUGGGCACUUAGCAGCAUCAAGAGUCAGCAUCCAAAUGUCAUUCACCUGGAGGAGUGCAUCUUACAGAAAGAUGGUAUGGUGCAGAAGAUGUCCCAUGGGUCCAGUUCCUCCCUUUAUUUACAGCUUGUAGAGACCUCGCUAAAAGGAGAAAUAGUCUUUGAUCCCAGAAGCGCCUACUACCUUUGGUUUGUCAUGGAUUUCUGUGAUGGAGGGGAUAUGAAUGAGUACUUGCUGUCCCGAAAGCCCAGUCGUAAAACCAACACUAGUUUCAUGCUUCAGCUGAGCAGCGCUCUGGCUUUCCUGCACAAAAAUCAGAUUAUCCAUCGCGAUCUCAAACCUGACAAUAUACUAAUAUCACAGAGCAGGAUGGAUGCCAGCGAUUUGGAACCCACUCUCAAAGUGGCUGAUUUUGGAUUAAGUAAGGUAUGUUCAGCUUCGGGGCAGAACCCUGAAGAGCCAGUCAACGUAAAUAAAUGUUUUCUUUCAACCGCAUGCGGGACUGACUUCUACAUGGCACCAGAAGUCUGGGAAGGACACUACACUGCCAAAGCAGACAUCUUUGCUCUGGGGAUUAUAAUCUGGGCAAUGUUGGAAAGGAUCACCUUCAUCGACACGGAGACGAAGAAGGAACUCCUGGGGAGCUACGUGAAGCAGGGGACAGAGAUUGUGCCGGUUGGGGAGGCACUUCUAGAAAACCCCAAAAUGGAACUGCUCAUCCCUGUGAAGAAGAAGUCUAUGAAUGCUCGCAUGAAACAGCUGAUUAAGGAAAUGCUGGCUGCCAACCCGCAGGACCGCCCUGAUGCUUUCGAGCUAGAACUCCGAUUAGUCAAAAUUGCUUUUAAAGACAGCAGUUGGGACACGUGACCUCUGGAAAGCCCAUCUCUCCAUACAGCUGCUGCUUUUUUUUUUUUUUUU